AUGCCGGUGGAGCUGAACUUGCGCCUGGGCGGUGCGGAAUGCCCUUGCUGUGUGGAGGCGGUGUCGGGCGUGUUUCUGCCGUUGAUGGCUGCCCGCUUGGCAAUUCCAAGCGUUCUGGACCAGAGCCCGGUUCAAGCGCUUGAAGCGCCACAGGUGCAGGUGGCGGCUUCCACCAAUGAGUACGCCCAGCACAAGGGUGUGGUGGAGGCCUGCGAAGGCUCUGAGGAGUUGUAUUCUGAUCCCUCCUUCCUUGGCGCCGCCUUCUUUGCCACGAAGGGCUCCAGCUACGAGCCCUUACGCGGCUCCAUGAGCUGCCUUGCUUGGCUGGCUGCCGGCGGACGGGAUGCGAACGAGGCAGAGCAGAAUCUGCAACGCUGCCUCUCCUUCUGCAGCUUGAAGGUGCUGCCUGUCUCUGAGCCAGCCAGUGAAAUGACGUGA